ACCCUCGACCGCAACACCUUACCGCUGCUCUCCAUCAGCCUCCCCCUCUCGUUGCAUCCUGUGGCAUCAACAUGGCAGAGGUUGCGUCCACCGCGCCAAGUGCGCCAGCACCUUCACAACCCUCCGACAACAUCACUCAGUAUGCGAACCAGGCAGUACGGCGCUCGGCGAAGCGAACGCGAGAAGUCUUCGCAGCAGACUACGGCCAGAACUCAGCACUACAAAAACCCUCUCAACCCGCCAUCGCCCCUCCCGACCCCUCGCCCUACGACCGAGCACGACGAGCCAACAUCGCCUCGCGCAUCAGCAGCGAAUACGCGGACGUAAAGGAACUCCCAGCAGUGCUCGCACAAAAGCAAGCAAAUGCACAAGCUGGCCUGGCGGCGCGGCGGAAAAAACCAAGAGCCGACGAACAAGCUAGCGAUCCGCAAAUGGCACAGAUGAUUGCUGGCAUUUCCAACAAAGCGCAGUCGAAUGGCGCGAGCACGAAUGGCACAUCCAUGGCUCUCACGCGCAUCGCCGGCACCGCGGGAGCAAAAGCACCGCCCAACGCCCAUGGACCGACUCCACAGCGCAACACACCCUCUACAAGCCUCGUACGCAAAGACACCGUCCGCUCGCAACGACCGCAAUGGCACGCACCGUGGAAGCUCUUCCGCGUCAUCUCCGGCCAUCUAGGCUGGGUGCGCGCCCUAGCAAUGGAACCCGGCAACCAAUGGUUCGCCUCCGGCGCGGGCGACCGCACGAUCAAAAUCUGGGACCUGGCCUCAGGGACACUCAAACUCACGCUCACAGGCCACAUCUCCACGGUACGUGGGCUCGCCGUCUCUCCGCGCCACCCCUACCUCUUCUCCUGCGGCGAAGACAAAAUGGUCAAGUGCUGGGACCUCGAGACCAACAAGGUCAUUCGGCAUUACCACGGCCAUCUGUCGGGUGUGUACACCCUGGCGCUGCAUCCCACGCUCGACGUCCUCUGCACCGGCGGGCGCGACGGCGUUGUGCGCGUCUGGGAUAUGCGCACACGCUCUAACAUCCACGUCCUCGGCGGCCACAAGGGCACAGUAUCGUCGAUCGCCACGCAAGCUACGGACCCGCAAAUCAUCAGCAGCUCGCUCGACAGCACUAUUCGGAUGUACGACUUGGCAGCGGGGAAGACGAUGGGCGUGCUCACGCACCACAAGAAAGGCGUGCGAGACCUCGCCAUCCAUCCAACAGAGUACACAUUUGCAUCAGCAUCACCGGGUCAAAUCAAGCAAUGGCUAUGUCCAAAGGGAGACUUCAUGCAAAACUUCGAAGGCCACAACAGCAUCGUAAACAAUAUCUGCGUCAACGAGGAUAACGUGCUCUUUUCCGGUGGCGACAAUGGCAGCGUGGCGUUCUGGGAUUGGAAGACGGGGCACAGGUUUCAGUACGAGGAUAGUAUUGCGCAGCCCGGGUCGUUGGAUGCCGAGGCGGGCAUUAUGAGCGCGACGUUCGAUUUGACGGGUUUGAGACUGAUUACGGGCGAGGCGGACAAGACGAUCAAGGUGUGGAGGCAGGAUGAGAGUGCGACGGAGGAGUCGCAUCCGUUGGCUUGGCAGCCUACGUUGGGCAGGCAGAAGUUUUGAGGCAGCAGUAUGUAGUGACGAGAUACCCCUUCUGCGGACGCACAAUGCAACCGUCCACCAAGACCCGCGAGCGGCCGUUUGGCUUGAUCUCGACGACUAUGCCCGGUCUUAGUAAGAGGGCGACGACUGCCAUCUCCGCGCCAUCAGAGCUGCCAGCCUGGAGAUGCUCCGCUGUGCCCGACAGCUGAUACGGCACGAUCUCCUCUACCAUCCUGCUGCAAUUCCCAUCCAGGGCGCUUAAUCCGCAUUCAUGCCCCCAAUCAAAUCCCCAUCCUUGACGUCCCUCACCACAUCCGCAAUGCACUUCAGCCUCGCCAUAAGCUGUCUGAACCCCGUCCCCUCCCUCUCCCCCU